AACAAGGAAAAGAGGAUUCCAUAGAAUGAAUGUGAUAAAAGCACAAGCUCCACUUUUGCUACACUGGCAUUGCAUUCAGCACUGAUGAUGUAAUGGAAAGUAGGCUGUGUCGGCAUUUUGGGUAACUUGGGACCUUUGGCUAGGAAAUGAUGCUAAUUGCUGCCUGUGAAAAAUAUUAUGGGAUGCUUCUGACAGAGCUGCUCAUAAGGGAGCUAGUCUUUCUUGAGCCACUUUGGAGGAGAUGAGGUUAUGAGCAUCUUGCUACAUGAUCUGUGUCUUGAAUCAUCUGUUCACAAUCUGAAGAUGUUUCUGACUUUGCUUCUCGUUAUUCUUGGAGCACAGACUUCUGUAACACAGAAUCCUGCCUCCGGAUCUGCAGAUGUUGUACUUUUGAUUGAUAGCUCUGAUGUAAUUGGAAAAAAGGCAUUCUCUGCUAUGAAGAAUUUUGUUCAAAAGAUGAUUAAUGGUCUCCCAAUAGGCCCAGACAGAUAUCAUGUUGCACUUGUGCAAUACAGUGAUGAUGUGCAUGUUGAAUUUCAGCUGCAUAAGUUCAGAGGAAAGAAUCCCAUGCUGACCCAUCUUAAGAAGCAAUUUUUAUUCAGGGGUGGAUCUUUAAACACUGGGAAUGCCAUACAAAAGGUCCAUGAGACUUUUUUCAAAACUCCAAGAAGGGACAGGAACAAGAUUUUGGUGGUUGUAACUUCAGGAGCAUCAGAAGAUGAUGUGGAAGGACCCGCAAGAAGACUGAAGGAUGAUGGGAUAAAAAUAAUAGCUUUAGGAACACAGACUGCAUCUCCUCAGGAGCUGCAGUCAGUGGCUACAGGCCCAUUCUACUAUAGUUUUAAUACAACAAAGGAUCUUGUGGCAUUUUCUCAACGUAUGCCCCAAGUCAUUGAUGAUGCUAUACAAAGAGAUGAUUCCAUUAUCACUUUAACACCUAUUCCACUAAGCCCAACACUAAGUCCAACACUAAGUCCAACAGUAAGUCAACGCAAUGAAUCCAUAAAAGAAUGUUUUAACGAUUCCAUUGCAGACGUUGCUUUCGUGGUGGAUGAGGGUAUUUCACUUGAGAACUCUAAAAAUAUUGCAGAAUUCUUGAAAAACACAGUAAAUGCUCUUGAUGUGCAUGAGGACUGUAUAAGAAUUGCUCUAGUGAAAUACAGCACUGAGCCUCAAGAAAUAUCUUUACUGAAGAAUGAAACAGAUAGAUAUGCUCUUCUGCAGAAAAUUAAGAGCUUUCCCCCCAGAGAAGGAAAAGCUAAUUUGGGUGCUGCCAUUAAUUUUACCAGGACAAGAGUUUUUGGUAAAAGUGCUGGAAGCAGAAGAACUCAAGGAGUUGAACAAGUAGCCACCAUAAUCACCCACAGACAAGCUGAUGAUAGUUUACAUGAGGCAGCUGCUGCUCUUAGCCGUGCUGGUGUGACAGUUUUUGCCAUAGGCAUUGAAGGGGCUAAUUACACCCAAUUAUCUCAGAUAGCAUCAUAUCCACCAGAAGGCAAUGUCUUAAAACUAAAGACAUUUUCUGAAUUGCCAAGACAGGAGAAGAUUUUCCAAAAGAAACUCUUCAAUCAAAUACAGCACACGCUCUAUGUCGAAUCCGAAAGGAAAAAGAAGCUCAAAACAGGCUGUGAGGAGACAGAAGAGGCUGAUGUUUAUUUUCUCAUUGAUGGUUCUUCAAGCAUUCAUCCGGAUGAUUUCAGAGACAUGAAAACAUUUCUGAUGGGAGUGAUUGAGCUUUUUACUGUAGGACCGGAUGCUGUUCGAUUUGGAGUUGUACAGUAUUCAACAGGCAGAAAGACAGAGUUCGAACUUGAUGAAAACCCUAACAAAAAUGAUUUAGAGAAAGCCAUUAAUAAUAUCAAACAAUCAACAGGUGAUACUUAUACUGGAGGAGCUCUAAAUGCCAUGCAGCCAUUGUUUGAAAAGGCAAGAAAGCAACGGGGCAAGAAAGUGCCCUGCUAUCUCAUUGUGAUGACGGAUGGAGAGGCACAUGACAAUGUUGCAAUCCCUGCAAAGAAGCUGAGGAAUGCCGAGGUCGACAUAUAUGCCAUUGGCGUGGGAAAAGCAGUCCAAGCACAGUUGCUUGAGAUGACAGAUUCACCGUCAAGGGUUUACUUUGUUCAUCAGUUUGAUUCCUUGAAAGUGAUUAAAAAUAAUGUUGUUCGAGACAUAUGCUCAGAAGCAUGUAAAGUAAUGAAAGCUGACAUCAUGUUCCUAGUGGACAGCUCUGGUAGCAUAGGUUCUGAGAACUUUGGCAAAAUGAAGACCUUCAUGAGUGGAUUGGUUAACAAAUCUAACAUUGGCUUAGACCAAGUGCGCAUUGGCGUUGUCCAGUUCAGUGGCACAAACAAAGAAGAAUUUCCACUGGACCGAUACUCAGCAAAAAUGGACAUCAUUGAGGCUAUUGAGAGAAUGUCUCUCAUAGGAGAUUACACGCUCACUGGAGGAGCAUUGCAAUUUGUUUCUGCUUAUUUCAAGACUGACAAGGGGGCAAGGCCUUCUGUCCACAAAAUUCUUAUCCUGAUCACCGAUGGGGAAGCACAAGAUGAAGUAAAAGGUCCAGCUGAAAACCUGAGAAACAGCGGCAUCAUUAUCUAUUCAGUUGGGGUGUUUAAUGCCAAUAAACAACAGCUAGAAGAGAUAAGUGGGAAACCUGAAAGGGUGUUUUAUGUGGAAAACUUUGAUAUUCUGAAGCAGCUAGAAAGCAACAUUAUUUUUGGCACCUGCAAUCCUGAUGAAGACUGCAAAAGGAUAGGACAUUUAGAUGUUGUAUUUAUUAUAGAUAGUUCUGGCAGCAUAUUCGAUAGAGACUAUAGUCUUAUGAAGGACUUCAUGAUUGGCUUGGUGAACAAAUCUACCAUUGGCAAGGACCAAGUUCAAUUUGGAGCUGUGAAGUAUUCUGAUGAUCCACAGACUAUAUUCCACCUUAAUACCUACACUACAAAAUCAGCUAUUGUUGAAGCUAUCCAGAGGGACACACAACUAGGUGGAAAUACAUACACAGCCAAGGCUCUUAGACACACAGAAGCUCUGUUCACUGCACAGCAUGGCAGCCGCAUACACAGCAAUGUCCCGCAAAUUCUUAUAGUCCUCACUGAUGGUGACUCCCAUGAUGCACCAGAACUUGAAGAAGUGUCAAAGAGACUCAGAGCCCGCGGCAUUGUUAUCUAUGCUGUUGGAAUCAAAGGAGCAAAGACUGAAGAACUUCAGACUAUGGCAGGACCAAAUAAGGCCUAUUACUUUGUGGACACAUUUGAGGAGCUAAAAAAUCUAUCUACAAUAAUAUCAGAUGAUGCAUGCAAUAAAUCAAAUCCAGAAUGCAAAAUCAGAGGACAGCUUGUUGUGUUGCUUGAUAGCUCCCCUAGUGUACCCGAAGAAGAUUUUAAGAAAAUACAAGUGUUUUUGGAAGAAUUCCUUAAUGCUGUUGUUUAUAACGGCAACAUACAAGUUGGUAUGGCUCAAUUUAGUGAUCAUUAUCAAGAAAAACUCCAGCUGGGUGAUUAUCAGAGCAAAUCAGAACUGAUAGGUAAAAUUGCUAAUUUUUCAAGAAUGCAAAGUAAGGAAACUAAUAUUGGAGCCGCUCUCAAAGAAGUUACAUUCCUCUUCAAAUCACCAAAAAGGAGAGUAGCUAGAAAUGUUCCGCAAAGGUUGCUAAUUAUCACCGAUGGAAGAUCCCGUGACAAGAUUUCUCAACCAGCAGAGAAACUGAGAAUAGAAGGUGUGGAUAUAUAUGCAGUAGGAGUGGGGAAAAUUGAUCAGGCAAAACUUCAACAAAUAACUGAUUCCCCAGACAGAAAAUUCACAGCAGGUGAUUUCAGCGAGCUGCCGGAUAUUAAAAAACAGCUUAUUACUCACAUGUGUGAUGAAAAAGUUAAAGCAGAGUGUUUUGUGGAUGUUGUUAUGGGAUUUGACAUCUCAUCUCAAAAGUCGGGUGAACUAUUACUCCAGGGGCAGUUGGAAAAAUACCUUCCUGGUAUAAUAAAAAAACUUACAUCCGUACAUCCUGUGAGCUGCAGUAAAGGAACACAAACACAGUUCAAUGUGGCAAUGCCACCUUUCCUGUCAGACUUUCAAGCUAACUAUGACAGCAUUCUAGAGAAACUCAGCAAAGCUGUGAUUGACAGCCCAUUUCGUCUUAAUACCAAUUUUUUGGACAUACUUUGGAAAGAAUUUCAAAAGCAGGCUGGCAAUCAAAAGCGAAGCAAGGUGAUACUUCUUUUUUCUGAUGGCUUGGAUGAAGAUGCAGAAGCACUUGAACAAAAAUCUGAUGAACUUAGGAAAAAUGGACUGGAUGGACUUAUAACUGUUGCUCUGAGAGGAGCCACCAAUGUUAAGGAUCUUCUCAACAUUGAAUUUGGAAAAGGAUUCAAAUAUGCAACUCAGUUAACUAUUGAUAUGCAUAAUAUUGCCAACAGGCUGUUUGAGUAUGCGGAUGACAUUGCUGAGAGAACAUGCUGCUGUAUAUUCUGCAAGUGCAUUGGGGAGGAAGGCUACAUUGGACUAAGAGGAGCUGUUGGACCUAAGGGAACUAAUGGGACGUAUGGGCUUCGGGGCCCUUCAGGGGAAGACGGACUGCCAGGUCCUGAUGGAGGGAGAGGAGAACGGGGAAAGCAAGGCUAUAUAGGAUGCCAUGGCAGUCAGGGGAUGAAGGGGAUACGAGGAGAAGCAGGAGAAAAGGGAGAGAAUGGGAUUGAUGGAGUUAGUGGAAUUAAUGGAGAAGAGGGGUCACAUGGACUGCCAGGACUUAAAGGAGAAAAGGGGGACCCAGGCCAGCAAGGCAGCACGGGAACAAGAGGACUUCCUGGUGACCCUGGUCAGAAAGGCCUUCAAGGAAAUCCUGGUAGUCCUGGAGAGGACAAUCAGAUACGAGGAGAACCUGGCCCCAACGGGGCAAAAGGCUUCAAGGGAGAACCAGGACUAAAAGGUUCUACAGGCCUGGCAAGCUCCCAAGGAAAUAAAGGAAGUGAAGGACGAAGAGGACGACCAGGCGCAUCUGGGGUGAUGGGAAUACCUGGUCCAGAAGGUUUACAAGGAAAAGAAGGAUUUCGGGGCCCACAGGGAACACUGGGAAUUGCUGGUGUGAAAGGACAGAAAGGAAAUUCAGGAAAUAAAGGUCCUCAGGGAAACCUGGGAGUCAGAGGCCCUAAAGGAAAUAUAGGGAAACCUGGAACAAGUAGAAAUAAAGGAGAAUCUGGAGAUCCUGGACAGAAAGGAGAAAGAGGCUCUCGUGGUCCCCGAGGAAGGAUGGGGGAAGACGGACUUCCUGGUCCCGCCAUACCGGGACCUAAAGGAUCAAAGGGACAAGAUGGUUUCCUUGGAGACUUUGGAAUUCAGGGUAUACCUGGCAAUCCUGGUAUUCUGGGUGAACCUGGACCAAAAGGGAAUAGAGGAAUAACGGGUGGUGCGGGACCAAUUGGUUCAACAGGUACUCCAGGUGACCGGGGUCGGCCAGGACGUCCGGGUGCAAAAGGACCAAGGGGUCCAGGCCCAUUUUCGUCUUGUCAACUACUUGAGUAUGUGCGUGAACACAGCCCCUGUUGGAAAGGCACACGAGAAUGCCCACUAUAUCCCACUGAAUUAGUCUUUGCCUUGGAUGUGUCUGAAGAUGUCACACUCCAGAUAUUUGAACGAAUGAGACAGUUUGUCAUAGAAAUUGUGAACAAUACCAAAAUCAGAGAGAGCAAUUGCCCCGUGGGAGCCAGAGUGGCCAUUGUGUUCUACAACUCCAGUACCUACUAUCUGAUCCGUUUCUCAGAUUUCCAAAGCAAAAAGCGGUUGCUCCAGGAACUUAAUGCUCUUGCUUACCAGAGAUCCUCAGGCAGACGGGAUAUUGGCGAAUCUAUGAGAUUUGUGGCCAGGAAUAUUUUCAAACGAAUACCCCAAGGUCCAAAUGUGAGAAAAAUUGCAGUGUUUUUCAGCAAUGGCCAGUCUAGCAAUCCAGUUUCUAUCAACACAGCAGUUCUGGAGUUCAGCGCAUUAGAUAUUCUUCCUGCUGUCAUUACUUUUAAGAACAUCCCUGAGAUCAACCGUGCUUUUGCGAUUGAUGAAUCAGAACUGUUUCAAGUUAUUAAUAUCCAUGAAGAGAGAGAUUAUAUUCCAGCCUUACAAAGAUUUCGGGAAUGUGUACUUUGCUAUGACAAAUGUGACCCAAGUGAGUCUUGCCUACGUUCUGGAUCCCCCCAGACUUUAGCCUACAUGGAUGCUGCUUUCAUUUUGGAAAGCUCAAGGAAAAUAAGUCCUGUGGAGUUUGAGAAGCUGAAAGAUUUCCUAAGCACUGCAGUUGACAACUUUGACAUUUCUGCCAAUCCAAGGAGCUCUUUGACAGGUGACAGGGUGGCACUGGUGAGUCACGCACCACUGGAAUUCAGACCCCAAACACAGCAGAGUCCAGGUAGAACCGAGUUUGAUCUUCUGACCUAUAGCAACAGCAGACGAAUGAAGAGACAUAUCCAAGAGUCUGUCCGGCAACUGAAUGGAUCAACUGCUGUUGGCCAUGCCAUACAAUGGACAAUCAAAAACAUAUUUUCUGACGUGCCAAACCAGAGAAAAUACAAGCUUAUUUUUGUCAUAUCGGUUGGAGAAACAAGUUGGUGGGACAAGGAAGUGCUGCGUGAUGCAGCCCUGAGAGCCCAGUGCCAAGGCUAUACUGUGUUUGUACUCUCACUAGGGCACGGGUAUGCUCAUGUAGAACUUGAGGAGCUGGCAAGCACUCCACUGGAACAUCACCUGGUGCAGCUCGGCAGAAUACACAAGCCCGAACUCGAAUAUGCAGUGAACUUUCUGAAGCCGUUUCUAUAUCUCCUCAGGAAUGAAAUCAACAAAUAUCCACCAGCACAGCUCAGGAGAACAUGUGCAAACAUCAGCACUCAGAGGCCUCUGUAUACCCCACAAAGCCAAAGAGCCAUUGCUGCAGUUGAUGAGUCUGUGUCAACUGGCAUUAAUCCCAUGGACACUGAAUCUGCUUUUCUCGUCCGCAAUGCACAGCAGACCAUUGUACUUGGAAAUUAACAAGAUGUUCAAACUGGCAAAUAUGCUGAAGAAAGAAACUUCUGUACAACCUUAUCAAGAAGUAUUGUAGCCAGUUCUUUAUCCCCAUUGGUGCUGAUACCACUAAAGAGUUUGAUUCAUUUGUUUAGAAAACUGGAAGUAAAACAUCUCUCUAUUAAAAAGGCAGAGAGAUUUUUUAAAAAUAAAAAACCCUUCUAAAAUAGUGAAACAAACUCCUAGAGCUCUCAUAUAAAAAACAAUCAAUCAAUCAUCUUUAUUACAGUCAUAGACCAGCAUAAAGAACAGGGGGUGAUUACACGGUGCAAAGUAUAGUACACAAUGAUACAUUACAAGGCAUAAGGAAACAUUACAAAGCAUUUAAAAGCAUAAAGGGACAUAAAAUAGCAUUUAAAAGGCAUACAAAACAUAAAAGGUAUGAGAGGCAUAAAAAGGGGGUAAAAGGCACAAAAAGGGGUAAUUGCAUAAAAGCCUAAGUGAUAAAUCUGUGUUACAGCAGGACUAUAUAGCUAUAAAGAAAAAGCGUGAGGCUGUAGCGCAAAAGGUGAGAGGAGCACAAAUUUUUCAGGUGGUUGGAUGAGCACAUUGUAGCACAUAGGAGCCAAGCUGGAGGUGAGACUAAAGCUGAUUGGACUCACUGCCUACCAGCAUCCAAUGGAUUUUGAACAUUGCCGCGCUGAACCUGCCAACACUGUAUGUAAUAGCAGGCUUGGGGUCAGAGAGCAGCAUAGAGACAUACAGUAGAUAUGACUCAAACGUCCCGAGUACUUGCAUAGCAAUGGGUGGAUGAAGGAGGAGUGAAUGUCUGUGUAAUACAGACAGUGAAGUAAGACAUGCUCAGUUGUUUCAAUGUGCCCAGAACCACAGGGGCAUUGUUGCUCUGCGAGUGGGAUCUUCCUGAAACAUCCUUCAAGCACAGCUGAAGGGAGGGUGUGACAACAAGCCAAGGUAAAUGCAUUCCUAUGUUUUGGGACUUCCAAUUGAGUGAGAUAGGCUGCUGGGGAGGGUAAAUGUGUAAGACCUUCACUGAUGAAAAAGUUCGGGACCCUGCUUAAAUUGCUUUGGUGCUCUAUGUCCAUUAUUCACUGUUUGAUAGGGGCUUUGGCCUGAUCGUAGCCCAUGUUAAGUAGAAUCAAGGGGGAGGGGCUCAAGGACACUAUUUUUCUCUCAAUUGACCGUUUCCUGCAUAUGCCCAUGACCUGAGGCCAUGCCUGCCUGCUUCAACACCUAGCACAGCCUUAGGGCAGGGCAAGCCAGGUGACCAUCCUGGGCCCUGCUCUUUUAACUUCCAUUAAAAUUAACUGGUAGGGGCUCCACACACUGGCUGAUUUGCCCCAAGCCCUGCACCCCUCCAGGGAUCUCUAAAGAUAGUCCUGCAGCACAGCAUUGAGGUGAGAGAGCCUUGAGGAUGGAGUAGGGUGUCCGGUCAAGCAUGUCAAACAGCUUUACCUGCCAUGGAUGGACAGGAAAUGCAGCUGUCUUGGUCCUGAAGCCCACCCAAGAAGUCCUUGGUCCUUCUUCAAGUCCCUGGAGAGGAGAGGAGAGGAGAGGAGAGGAGAGGAGAGGAAAAGCCAAAUCUUCCUCCAUCACAAUCAGAAUCCCUGUCUCAGUUAAAAAAUAAUAAUUUCACACACACACACCCAUGUUCUCAGCCACAUAUUCCCUUCUUUCUUCAUUUGUCACAUUGACACAUUGGUCAAACCAGUAGAUCUCCCCUUGAUGACUGGAGUGUGGUCAUCCUUGCUCUUUUGCUCCCUGUUUUAUGAAUGGAGAACCCUCUCCCACAAAACUUCUGAAUAAUUCAUUUCUUUUUCCACUCCUGGCAGAGAAACCUUAUGUUAUUUCCAUCGACUCCCCAACUCACCCUCAAGCAGAUCUGAAGGCACCUGCCUAUUCCCCACACACUUGACCCCUUCCUUCCCUUUUCCCCUCUUCACUGCCCUGUUCUUCCUGCUUCUCCUUCCAUAGCUUCUCAUCACAAAUCAAUAUAAAGUGUUAUUACAGUCACAGACCAGCAAUAACACACACACACACACACACACACACACACACACACACACACACACACACACACUCUUAAAGCAAACUUACAGAUGACAGAGUUAUGGACAUCAGACAGUUGGUCUGCUCUUAUCUUGAUUGUACACACAAAGAAAUUGAAAUUGAAUAAAGAAUCCAAUAUAUUUUUGAAUAAAGCAAAUCUCUUGA